UGAGCCUGCGAGCAACAACUUCCCCAGAUUGACACAGAAUGGAGAGAAGCUGACGCACGUUAUUUACCGGACCGUUAACUUCCCUCCUCUGGCCUUUGCUUGUGCCACCGCAGAAUAAAUGAGGCGCUAAACGAAGCAAGACCAUCUUAAAGUUAAUUUGCAACACUUGGAACCAGUGGAGAGCUAAGGAUUUAUUCCUACUUUGUGCAAUUUCGUAGUUUUUGGACACUUUUACCGCGUUAUUACGCACGACGCGCAAAGGGAUGGCUCCUCCGCUAAAACACAGAACGGGCGUGCAGCAAAGUUUUUAUAUCUUUCUCUCUAUUUCGCUGGCUUGUUCUUACAAUAUUGACUUAGAACAUCCUUUGGUGUUUCAAGGACCAAGUUCUAGUUUUUUUGGCUACUCUGUGUUGGAGCAUUUUCAUGACAACACACGCUGGCUAAUAGUGGGAGCACCGAAGGCAAACUCUACCUACAGCAGCUCGGUGCGCUCUCCCGGAGCUGUGUUUAAGUGUCGGGUUCACAGUAACCCCGAGCGGCGCUGCACAGAGAUGGACCUGGGAAGAGGAAACAAGCCCAGAGAGUCGUGCGGGAAGACAUGCCAAGGAGACAGGGAUGACGAGUGGAUGGGGGUCAGCCUGGCCCGCCAGGACCGAGCCAGCGGCAAAAUACUGGCUUGUGCUCACCGCUGGAAAAACGUCUACUACGACUCAGAGCACAUCCUUCCACAUGGGUAUUGCUCCAUCAUCCCCCCGACGCUGCAGGGAAGAACAAUGCCUCUCAUCCCUUGUUAUGAAGACUAUAAGCAGAAGUAUGGGGAAGAGCACGGCUCGUGCCAAGCUGGGAUAGCGGGAGUUUUCACAGAGGAGCUGGUGGUGAUGGGGGCACCGGGGUCGUACUACUGGACCGGGACGGUUAAGGUGUACAACAUGACUUCUGACACCUUCUACAGCCCGAACAAAGACAGCAUUGACUUACACAGAUACAGCUACCUUGGCUAUGCUGUGACUGCUGGGCACUUCUCCUCUUCUAAUGCGAUAGACAUAGCUGCCGGGGCACCACAGCACAACGGUGUUGGAAAGGUUUACAUUUUCAAACUUGAAGCUGGGUCCUUGGUGAAGAGUUUUCAAGCCUCGGGAAAAAUGAUGGGCUCUUACUUUGGCUCCUCAUUGUGUGCAGUUGAUCUGAACCAGGACGGCCUGUCGGACCUGCUGGUGGGGGCACCCAUGCACAGCCAGCUCCGGGACGAGGGCCAGGUGUCUGUGUACCUCAGCAGGGGCAAUGGGGUGAUGGAGGAGAAUACAGUUUUGACUGGCGACAGUGCUUUCAAUGCACACUUCGGAGAGGCCAUUGCAGCAAUUGGGGACAUUGAUGACGAUGGUUAUCAAGAUGUUGCCAUAGGAGCACCUAAAGAGGACGACUAUGGUGGAGCGGUGUAUAUCUACCACGGAGACGCCACAGGAAUCACCAGAAAAUACUCAAUGAAACUAUCUGGGCGCAGCGUCAGCCCCGGGCUGCAGAUGUUCGGCCAGUCCAUCUCCGGUAAAGUGGACAUGGACGGGAAUGGAUAUGCAGAUGUCACCAUUGGAGCUUUUAUGGCAGACAGUGUGGUUCUUCUGAGGUCGCGGCCUGUCAUUACAGUGGAUGUCUCCAUCUUCCUGCCCGUCUCCAUCAACAUCUCUGUGCCACAGUGCCACGAAGGUCACCAGAACCUGAACUGCUUCAACAUCACUGUCUGCAUGCACUUCAGGGGGAGAGAGGUGCCUGGAGAAAUAGAGUUGUUGUACAACCUGACUGCUGAUGUGGAUAAGCGACAGAAAAGCCAGCCUUCCAGGAUUUAUUUCACUCAAACUGGAUCUCAGGUCAGCCAAAUGAACCAGCAGCUGAGCCUGGAAAUCAACAGAGAGAAGUGCCAGCGCUACACCGCCUACGUUAAGAAAGAAGUGAAGGAUGUGUUUACAGCCAUCACAUUCGAAGUGGCCUACAACCUGGGGAAGCAUUUGAUGACGGGACACCAGGACCGAGAUCUGUCUGCGCUCACACCAGUGCUGCGAUGGAGGAAAGGAAACAAGAUUGCUGUAAAGAAUGAGACCUGGUUUGAGAAGAACUGCCUGUCAGACGACUGCGCUGCAGACCUCAGGCUUCAUGGGAAGCUCCUGCUCUCCGGACUUCAUGUCAGACCACAUUUGGCUCUUGGCGCAGUGCGUAACGUUUCCUUGAAUGUGACAAUCUCUAACUCUGGAGACGAUGCCUACGACACCAACAUCUACUUCAACUUCUCCAGAGAAGUUUUCUACAUCAACUUCUGGCAGAAGGAAGAAAAGGGUAUUUCCUGUGUACUCAUCGAUUUGGACUUCCUCAAAUGUAGUGUGGGAUUUCCCUUCAUGAGAGCUCAAACAAAGUACCAUUUUGCAGUCAUUUUUGACACAAGUCAGGUUUCUGGGGAAAACGACACAUUGCAGUUCUUGGUGCAAGCAAAAAGCGCCAACCCGGAGCACAAACUUUCCGACAACAGUUUAGACCUGUCCAUCCCUCUGAUCCACGAGACAGACACCACGAUUACUGGUGUGGUGACACCAGGCUCUUUCUCGUAUGGAAACUCCAUCGAUGCCUCUCGUUUCAUCCAGUUGGAAGACAUGAAAUGCAACUUUCAGCCUCUUAAUCUGACUUUCCAGGCCAUAAACAAGGGGCCCAGCAGGUUACCCGGCUCCACUGUGGACAUCAGGAUACCCAACCGACUUGCUGGCAACGGACCCGACAUGUUCCAUGUGGUGGAAACCCAAGUGUCAGAUGGUCGAGGGAACUGCACCCCCCACAGGAACCCGACGCCCUGCACCAUCCCCCAGGACAAAGAAAACAUCUUCCACUCCAUAUUCUCCUUCUUCACCAAAUCUGGACGCAAAGUCUUGGAUUGUGAUCGACCUGGAAGAGCAUGUAUGGUAAUCUCCUGCAGUCUGGGCCCACAGUUAAAAGAGGAAGCUUUGAACAUAGAUAUAAAACUUUUGCUGAACACGGAAAUUUUAAAAAUAGAUAGUUCCUCUGUGAUCCAGUUUGUGACAAGAGGCAGCGUCCAAGUUAAUCACAGGGCAAUAGAGGUGCCAAACGGGCUGCCAGAAGAUAUUUCACUGGUGUUCGAGGCUCUCCACAGUCAGGAGCCGAGGGGUUACGUCGUUGGCUGGAUCAUCGCCAUCAGCCUCCUGGUGGGAAUCCUCAUCUUUCUGCUGUUGGCUGUGCUACUCUGGAAGAUGGGUUUCUUCCGUCGACACUACAGAGAGAUCAUUGAAGCUGAAAAGAACCGGAAGGACAGUGAUGAAAGCUGGGACUGGAUGGACAAGGACCACUGAGACAUUCAACUGGGGCCCAAGCGGAGCCAGUGAGAUUAGGCUCAAGACGGAUCCAAUAGCACUGGGAGCGCAGCCGCCCCGGUGGCACCAGAUUCUUCAAAGUCUUUCAUAUGUGGAAGAGAAGAUUAUUCUCCAUAUUUUCUGGAGACUCUGUAUUAUUUGGGGUGUUGCUGGUGGGAUCCAGGGAAGGGGCUUCUGAGGUGAAUACGGGGCUCACAGGACGAUACUUGCUGUGGAAAUCAGCUAUUCUGUGAUGAGGGAACUCCACGCCGGUGGAGCUGAGCUAUGGAUGUAGAGGGCAUGAAUACUGGUGGACAACAAAACCCUCAGGGCUGUGAUACAUAGCAAAUUUAUUUUUAUACAUACACUUUCAAGCCAUAUAAAAAAGGAAGGUUACUAAAGCCAUUAGAAACAUUCUGUAUCUGCAGUUUAUUUGUUUUCCCUAAAAGCACUGAUGUUUGAAGAGAAUGAAUGCAUUUUGCUCCAAAGCUUUUAAUUUGUAACAUGAGUGGAGUCGCCUGUAUUUUCCUCUCAUCCCUAAAGGUUUGUUCAGAUGCUUUUCAGUGAAUUAGAAUAUAAUCAAAAAGUUACAUUUAUUUCAGUAUUUAAGUUAAACUGAAACUUCCUUUAAUUAUUUACACACAGGGUGACAUAUCUGAAGCAUUAUUGUCUAUUUGUUUUCAUGAUUUGACGCUCAAAUUUAAUAAAUCUUCAGUGUCAUAUCAGAAUUGCAGGAGAACAACAAAAAGAGGGAUUUUUGAUCGAGAAAUUAUACAAAAUUUUUAAGUUGUCAUCUAGAGUGGACAGCUUCUGUCAACCUCCACAAAGACACUAAGCCAUGAAACUGCGAAAGAAAGUUUAAUGGAAGGAAAACAUGUGACAAAGAAUCAUGCAAAAUAACAGGAAUAAUCAUAGACUUAAGGGAUAUCCCAGUCAGUGUCACACUAUACUUUAUAUGAUCCACUUUUUAAUUGAAAUUACUGAAAUAAAUAAACUUCUUACUGAUAUUCUAAUUAAUUGAGAUGCGCCUGUAUCUCUUUUGUACCUUUCUCUGUGUAAUUUUAUUUCUACACAUCUGACUGCAUCCCUUUUAGAAAUAUUUUUUCAAAAGCCCUUUAAAGACGAUGGGAGCAUUGUUCAAUCUUAUGUCAUCAAGCACUGUAGAGAUAUCAGUUAUAACUUUAUUUCUUUAGUCUAUUUUCUUUUAUGUGUAAAAUACAAAAUAUUGUUCAAUCUUAGCAUUCAAAUUUCAAGCUUUUUCAGUGUGACCAGCCCUUUGCUCUUAUUUGACUUUUUGAAUUUUGACAUAUUUAAAAUCGAGCCAAGCUGUUUCAAAAAUAUGCAUCAGAUUUUUCAGGUUCAUUUGCUUUUUAAAACCUACUCUAGACUCCAUUUUUUAUUUUUAAAUGUUGGGUUUUAGAGUCAAAUAGGAAAUCCCCAUUGACCAAUAAGUCAGGAAAUUUUUUACACUUAGAGUUGUUUACAGGGCUUGAAGGCAUGAGUAAUGUCCUAAAAAUAAAUGGAACUUGGCUGCACUCAGCAGCUACACAGAAACAAGCUCUUUGGGGAUCAUGGGAAUAACACAGCUUAAGAUAAAGGGUUCAAAAGAACAGAUUAUCUUUUAUAUUCACAGAUUGAGAAUAAAACUUUCAAUCGAGCUUUAAAAUCAGGACGCUUAGUGAACCUAUUGCAACUGGCCCCACAUUCCCACUUUUAAAUUAUGAAAAAUUUAAAGAAAAAUUAUCGUACAGUAUGUUUUAGAUUUACAGUAAUAGUGCAAUUCUUAAGAGCUCAAAUAUUUCCUAACCUGCUUAGACUUAAACUUUAAGCCACUUUAUAGCUACUAAUGGCUGCUUCAGUCUUUUAUUGUGCAGAAUAUUUUGUCACUAUUGAAUUUCACUGGCAUCACAGCAGCGUAUACUGUACACCUUCACGUCCUUCCUCUGCACCAAAGUCAAAGAUGCUAAACUUCAUUUAUGAAUUCAUUUAGAAAACCAACACUUGACUUUUGUUUUGUUCUAUUUGUUUUUGUAAAAGUCUAACUGUGAUGAUUCAGUGUUGGAUGCCUUCGUUAAUCACGCCAAUGUUUGGACUUUUGUUCUGAGUGUACUACUGUCAGUGAGUAUCAUUUCCAUUAUAGUGUGCUGUACCUUUCAUGUUUAAAGUCAUGACUGAGCUGUAUAUUUAUCUGUUGAUAAAUUUCAGAGUGAAAUAUCCAACUCUGUGCUUGUUUA